AUGAAUGACACUGACCAAAGUAGCCCCCGGUGCUGGAUUUGCCUCGGGGAAGGUGAUGAAGUGCCACCCUUGGGCACCAAAGCAGAUGCCCACGACUGGAUCCACCCAUGUGCUUGCUCGCUGGUAGCACACCGCAAAUGUCUGCUAAAUUGGAUUUCAAACCUGGAUUUACAGGAAAGAAGACAGGGAAAUGGUAUUGCUCCCAGACCAGCCAAUGAGGGAGUGUUUUUCAAUUUCCCCUUCGCCGCGCCACUGGUAGGGGUACCCUUACUAGGAGAGUCUCAGUCGAUCAUAGUGAACUGUCCCCAGUGCAAAAAACAGAUAUUUUUGAAAUCCAGCUCGGGAUCUCUUUUAAAUAUGCGGAAAGUUUUCCAGGAUUGCGUUUCGACGUUGACCAGGGUCACUGUGAUAUCGACGUUGGUAUCUUCAACCGUUGCCUCAUAUGCUCUUGGUAUGACGGCCGGGUGCUCCGCUAGUGGGAUGAAAAUCCUGCAAACUUUGGCACCAAACAGCGUCCAGUUGUCGUUAUUUGAUGUGAGAAAUACCCCCUCAGUGAUAGGUGCAAUUGACCGAGGAAGAUUACCCAUGGCUAGGUUUUUGUUGGUUACUGCUGCCAUUCCUCCAUACCUAUAUCUGCUGAGAAAGCCGUUCAUACCCGCGAUGCAGGAGGCAUUUGUGCAGUUGUUUCCAUUUUUAUUUCUCACCGAUGGAACAAGCUUACUGGAAAGUGGACCCAAGAGGAAUUUGCUGUUCAUUGCUCCUUUGAAGUUCGUUUAUGGGGUUCUGUACAAAGUGACUCUGAAUAGGGUUUACUACCGUUGGGCAAGAUCCGUCCAGCCAUGCUUCAUUGCGGACGGACUUUCUGCUGAAACUUUGGAGAUUAUUGAGAGAGAAAAUGAGGAAGAAUUUGAAAUCCAGCAAGAAGACGAGGAGGAGAGAAUCAAGUUGGAAAACUCGUUACAGAAGACUCGAAACUCGUUGGUGAUCUUGCUCAAAAGAUUCCUCCACUAUCUGGUCCCUUCCGAUCGUAUAAGGCAGAUUCGCAUUUCGCGACUAAAACGAGAGCUAGAGUGCUGUUUCAAAACUGAUUUUGGUUUAUUGUUUUCAAAACCAAGAUUUUAUUACAACAUCGCAACCACAUUGGCUUGGCCUGUCUUGGGCGAGUACGCCAGUCGAGAACUUUUGGCUAAGAUUCCGUUUGUGGUAGGCUUGAUCAACAGGCAUGUGUCUACACCAGACGAAGCCACAUUUCUACGAAAUCUGGCUGGUUGUUUUGCGGUUGUGAUAGCGUCUGAUCUGGUGAGUUUGUUCUUUGCAUGGAGAAAAGUCAAGCAGCUACAAAACAUUCGCGUUUUGAAGUAUGGCACCAAAGAAUGGAGAGAGGCAUCCUCAAACAGUAUUACGACCGACCUCACGCUUAUGGAUCGCGGGAACAUGUAG